AUGGGGAAUGAACUAAGCACUCUUACAGAAGACGAAAAACGCAUUCUGCGUCAUCCACAAUCGGGUCAAGCAAGUGAAUUUUAUUGGGCUUGUCGAAAUGGCGAUGUACGACAUGUUCGUGAAUUGAUUGAAAGGAUUCCUUAUGAAGAUUUGAAUUGUCUGGAACCUAAUGGUAGUACAGCAUUACAUGCCGCUGCUCAUGGUGGACAUGUCGAAAUCGUUCGUAUUCUUUUGAAUGAACAAGGUUGUCGACGAGAUCGUCCAAAUUGUCACGGUCUCACUGCAUAUGAAGAAGCACAAACUGAAGAAAUCCGACAAUUAUUCCAUAGACCCAGUGGAACAAAUCGCUUUUGUGAUGACAAAGAACAAGAGUCAGUCGAUCUGUUUCAAGUCGCAAAGUCAGAGGAUCCUAUUCCAGAUGAAGAUUUUGACAAGGACGGUUAUUUAAAAGGACAUGGAACAUCGGAAGAUCUAAACAAAGUGCGAAAAGAUCAAGGUACUGGAAAAAUGCUCACACAGUCGACUGUUGGUCGCGUACUUCAUAUGAACACAGGACCUUUGUACGUAUAUAGAAAGUACCUUGAAAAACAACUACGCGAUCUUAUCCCUGCUGAUCAUGAAGAAAAGGCAAAGUCAGAAAUGUUAGUCCAGAGAGCAUUCGAAGAAGAAAAUCCCUUGUUUUUACUUCGAUUAUAUACUUUGGAAACGCCAUUCUAUCGUGGUCUGAAAAUGACCACAGAAAAUCUUCGUCCUUAUCAAUGGUCACUGAAGAAAAACGCAGCAAUCGAAACAAAAACGUUCUGUUCGACUUCAUUAGAGCGAAAAGUGGCACAAUCAUUUGCUGAAGCGUCAACAUCUGGUGAUGAUAAACGAAAAACUUUGAUGAUAUUUCAUUUUCCAAAACGAACUGAACAAGCGAUCAAUUUAGGGAAAAUAUCCGACAAGGAACCGUGUAUUUCCGAAUAUGAAGAUGAAGCAGAAGUUUUAGUUUUUCCCGAAACAUUAUUUUUCGUCAAACAAAUCGACAUGGAUUCAAGUUUUACACUUAUCUACUUGGAACAUCUCUUCGUUCGACCAAGUUCGUUUAUAAGUGGAGCGAAAGGAUUGUACGACAUUAUAAAAGAGAAAAGAAAAUAA